UUAUUUACAAUGUCUACUCGUUCACUUGAGAAAGCACUCCCGGUGGAGUGUAUUCACGAAAUAAUUUCACACCUGACGCAUGACUCUAAGGCUCUUAAUAGCUGCAUGCUUGAAGAAGAGGAAGAACUUUACAAGAGAGAACUAAAUCCGAAAGGAGCUUUACUGCUCAGGACUUAUAUAAGCUGUAUUAAUGAACAGCCAACAGAAUCUACUGAGGAAGGCACCUCUUCCUCUAUUAGGAUAGCAGCUACUGCUUCAUGCGGUGAUAGACCUAGGAAAACUCAAGAAACCUUUUUUGCUUUAUCAAAGGCUUUUGGCAAUCGCUGUUCUAUUGUGGAAUCAUUAGUUACAUGUUGGCAUUCUGCCGUUGAUAUUUUUACUUCAAUGGUUCAAAAAUUUCCUAACAUUGCGCAUCUCGAUCUUUUACAAUACGAAAACACGGAUGAAACCUUAAAAUUUAUCACUAGUAAUUGUAAACGGCUCCGCGUAUUCAAGUUUACUGUGCGUGGUUGUUCUGCUGCACUUUUAAAUAGUUUCUUGGACUCGCAGGAAGAUGGUUACCUUGAAGAACUUUGUAUCAAGAUUACCAUGGCUCCUAGGUUAUUGUUGGCUGGCUUGAAACCGUCUGUUGUUGCCAAGAUUACUGAUUUACGUAUAAAUGGACUUCAUAUUGAUCAUGCGAUGGAUAAUUUAAGAUUUCGAAAACUUCAAUCUUUGGAUUUGAGUGAUUGUCAUAGUGUUGACGAAAAAACAUUCAAUGCGUUGGAGUUUGGUCAGAUGAUAACUGAAAUCAACCUUUCGGAGACAAAAGUAUCAGAAGAAGCCAUAGUAGCACUUGCAACUCACUGUAAACAUAAUCUCAGGAAAUUGAUUAUGUUGCCAUGCGGUGCUGCCGAUUCUGUUGAACAGGGUAUUAAGGCACUCGCGACUCACUGCCCUAAUCUCAUAGAAUUCAGAUUGGAUGUAAUUCGUGUUGAGAUAAGAGCUAUAAUGGAAUUAGUUGAGUCAUGUAAAAAAUUGCAAAUUUUGGUUCUUGGUGGAGUUGAUGUAAACAAUGAAGAUUCCUUACUCGAUGAACUUAUGCACACCAUUCGUGUUAAUAUUGGAGAAUCCAUAUGUGCUCUUGAUGUGAGAGAAUGGACCAUAAGUGAACAAGCAGUGAUUGAUUUAGUCAGUGCCUGCCGUAAUUUGAACAAACUGGUUUUAAGAUAUUGUCGUAAUGUUAAUGAUGAUUGCAUAACGAAAAUCUGUCAAAAUCUUGCUGGAACACUUAGACAUCUUGAUGUGGCUAAUUGUCCUCUAGUGACGCCAAAUGGAAUUGUAACCGCUGAAGAAGAAUUA